UUUUAGAAGCUAACAAUUUCCACAGGAUUGCAUUUUGUGAAUGUCUACUGAGGUGAACUGCAUCAACGGCGGUAACUCGGAAAUCCAUCAUCAGCAGCAACAAGAACCUCUGACGGAUAGGAUGGAAAACAAUGUUGUACUAACAACCACACCCGCUAUUAAAUCGCUUAUGACUGAAGAAACCGAUUUUUUUCCGGAAAUUACUGGUACUAGUAGCCAUUCAGUUGGGACGCUAUGUUCCGCAUCUGGUCCUGGCUCCGGAAGCAGAAGUCAAAAAUCGAAAAAGCGGCAAAACCAGAAAACUUUUAGUUUGACGGAUAUUUUCGAUAUGCAUAAGGGAAUUGGAAGUUGGGCUGAUGCUGCUGCUGAUGCUCAUACAACAUCCUAUUCGCCUUCCAUCUUACAGGAAUCUUCGGAGGCAAAGCAGAUUUCUAAUGCAAUGCAGCGAGCAAGUGCGUCACAGCAAAGUGAUUGGAAUCAAUAUCACAAUACCGACGGGAAUAUACGCCCGUCCUCGCUAGGUUUAGACCGAGCAACGCAUUCCAGGAAUGUGGAUUUGGCUAAUUUGCCGGAUAGGCCACCGUUUGAAGUUAAAGUGGCCAAUAUUAAUUAUAAAUCCUCUGACAGCGAUCUCUUCUAUUUCUUUGGGGGUGAAGGCAAUGUUUUAAAUAUUCGCUCCGAAGGUCAAGCUACUAGACGCGGCAUAGCGAUCGUUUCGUUAUCAUCCCAAGAAGCUCUUGUGAACGCUCUGAAAUUGAAUAACAUGGAACUACAAGGUCGUUCGCUGAGGGUGUCACUUCGAGAUCAUCAAUCUCGUCCAUCUUUUGGUAGCAGUAAGAUACCUCUUCAAGAUCAUCAAUCUCGACCACCUUUUGGUAGCGGUAAUAUAGGACCAAAUAAUGCUUAUGAACACUAUAGGAAUAAUGAUAGCUGUCAUGAAGGAGGCUACAGUACGUUGCCUCAUCCCCGCCGAGGACCUACAUCGGUACCGUAUCAUGCUUAUAAUUCAGAAGGCCGUGCUAACCGAUUACCUCUCCAACACUGCUCCUCAUAUCGCGGUCGAGAUAAUCGAAGGUACGACUAUGGCAAUCGCCUAUUUCGUCAUCCAAAGCCUGGAAAUAAUCAAAUUUCUCCUCGUUUAAUGAAUCGUGGUUCUGAUUCAUAUGGCGUUUCUCCUAAACCAUCACCACUUAAUGAAAAUCAUUUCUUUCACCAUAAUGUGGAAAUGGAGCAUGAUGCCGAUAAAAGAGGUCUUGGUCGUAUUCGAACGGAAAGCGUGAGAAGUAGUACUACAGAUGGUACCGAGAAACAUGAAAGACGUAAACUGCAAUUACAACCUCGGACCAAACCUCUUAAUAGUACUGGAGAUGAUUUGCCUGCUAGGCCAACCAAUAUCUUUGGCCUUGCGAAACCUGUAGAUACUUAUGAAAAAGAAAAGCAGGUGGAAGAACGACUGCGAUUGGAAAAUGAAGCUUUUAAAGCAGCCGAGCAACGAUCGAGAAAGAGCAGCGAACGUGCUGUUUCCGUUCCUGCAUCUCCUUUAUUAAUCCAUGGGCAAGUUUCGGUGGUAACUGGAUCCUCGUUACAUGAUGAUCGUGAAAAUUGUCCACCACCAGUCGAGAAAGCUAUUCCAGAAGCAAGUUAUAAAUCAGUGAAAGGUGAUGAAAAACUUGAAACGGCUUCAGUUACCCCUCAAUUAAUCACUAAUGAAGGGCGCGUAGUGGAACAGACAGAAACUCUGGUGACUACCCUACCAUCAUCAGCUCUGCAACUUCCACCCUCACCUCCUCAACUGUCUAUUUCAGCAGUCCGCCGGCAAUCAUUUUCAAACUAUCCUAAAAUGUCUGAAACGCGUACAUCUGCAACAUUACUGCGAACACGGAACAGUUAUAAUCGAACAUUUACUCGCUCUCGGGAUUCUGUCCGUACACAGUUCCCAUCUAAUAAACUACACAGUAUUCCAGUGCGUCGAGGAAAAAGUGGCUCACGUCGCAGUGGCGCGAAUAGUGGAGGUUCAGGAUCGAAUAAGGACAAGCAUUUUGUAGUGAAUAGGGAGAAAGUUGAGGGUAACAAUGUUGGUUCAAGUGUGCAACCUGUUGUAUCUAAUGGUCCGAAACAAAUUGAAAAUGGAUCAAAACCGGAGCAACAAUCCAUAUCAAAAGAAGAAAAGCGUGAAUUCGUAACGAGCACAAUGGCGACCGCAGUUAAACAAUCAUGGCAACAACACUCCGAUCAGCAAUAUUCCAAAAGAGAGAAGAAAAAACAGAUAGCAGCAACAAGAGAAAUGCCGAAGUAUAUUGAACCGAAGCCGUUUACAUUUUCAUCCGAAAACAAGUAUGCAGCACUUCUGGAAGCAGACGAUUAAAAUUCUGGGAUGACACUCUCCAGUUUCCCAAGAAUAUUUAAUUUUGUUUGUCUUACAAACAGAUAAAGAUUCGAUGAAAUUGAAAAAUAGAAUAUUAGCAAACAAUUUACGUCUUAAGUCCUUUAAAGAAAUA